CUAGAAGUUUCAACACCAGGCUUUCAUUCGCCUUGGUCUCUUGAUAAUUUCGAGGAAGGGUUCAUAGAGGAGACUAUUCCUUGGGAGGUUGAAAUGGGAGGACCUGUAGAGCUGGAACUUCCUGAACCUUUACUUUUUGAUGAAGAAUUAUUUGGAAGUAUUUACGAUGAGCCCGUUGCGGAAGGAAUUGAGAAGGCAAAAAAAUAUAAAAAUGUUAAAGAUGUGAGAAACUUUAUUACAUCUAAUAUUUGCGUUAUUUGUCAAAAGGAGGAGAAUCAGGUAAACAUCAUAUAUACUCCUGAUGCGUGCUCUUGUAUAGCAUACUGUAAUGUGUGUGUUGAAAAUAAUAUUGAAUUGAAGUUAAAAAGAAUGAUUGUUUGGGAAAAACUCGUUGAAUUUGGUACAGAGUACAUUAAUUUUAAUGAUUUAAACUUAAAUAAAUUAAUUAAAUUUCAUCCUUUUUUGAGAGAACAAGACCUAUCUUUAAAAUGUUUACUUUGUAAGACUAAAUUUAUCCGAUUUCUUCGUCGAACUAGACGUAAUCGAGAUGGCCAAUGA